GUGGGUAUCACACAUAUCUCAUUUCAGCACAGCUGAAGAGGAAAGAUGGAGAUGCCUGCUUGUCGUGCUGCUGUGCUUUUCCUCCUGCUUCUCUCUCAGGCCCUUGUCACUGUUCACUCAGAGGAGGAGGAGGAGGAGGUCAUCCAGGAGCAGGACCUGCAGGAGGAGGACCAGCAGGUGCUUGAAACCUGGAACACAAAAGCGAAAGCCUGCACCUGUGACUGCGAAUCUGCACGCAUCCCUGCUGUCAUCCCACCUGUUCCCCCGACCUCGCUGCCACCGCCGCCACCAUCUCAAAGUCACCUGCUGAACUGCAUGCCAGAAUGUCCGUACCACAGACCACUGGGAUUUGAAUCUGGAUCUGUCACCUCAGACCAAAUCAGCUGCUCCAGUCAGGACCAGUACACCGGCUGGUACUCCUCCUGGAUCCCGAACAAGGCUCGCCUUAACAACCAGGGCUUUGGGUGCGCAUGGCUGUCCAAAUUCAACGACCAGUACCAGUGGAUCCAGAUCGACCUGAAGGAGGUGAGCGUGGUGUCUGGUGUCCUCACCCAGGGCCGCUGCGAUGCUGAUGAGUGGAUCACUAAAUACAGCAUCCAGUACCGCACUUUAGAAACUCUUAACUGGAUCUACUACAAAGACCAGACUGGAAAUAACAGGGUCUUCUAUGGAAACUCCGAUCGCUCUUCCACGGUACAAAACCUGCUGCGCCCGCCUAUUGUGGCUCGUUAUAUACGCCUGCUGCCGCUGGGCUGGCACACCCGCAUUGCCAUGAGGAUGGAGCUGCUGAUGUGCAUGAACAAAUGCACCUGAAGUGUUUCUUACCUCACCGACCAUCAUUCCCCUGCCAACCCUGCCACUUGCCAAAAGGGGAAUAUUUGUCUAACACUGUAAGAUCCUUUGAUACAAGUCUAGUCUGUCCCCAUUUGGUAAGGCUCACAGUUCUCUGGGCAGGUGGACAUCUCUGGUGUCCUCUGAUGGAUUAUUUGUCUGUAUUAAAGUUUCCAAAAGCGCAUUGUGCUGUUACGUAAACACCAAACUGUUCCAGCUCAAAUUGAAAUUUGUCACCUUCAAUAAAGCAGUUAUUAACUGCGCCAGGAAAUAAAAAAGCUUCUACACGUUCAGAGUCAAAUCAAA